AUGGUCGCAGCACCAGCACCCAAAGUGAAGGUGGUGAAGUCUCUUCCUCGAUUUGACGUCGGUCCCGACUACGAGAUUUUGCAUUGUCUGGGUGAAGGAGCAUAUGGAACAGUGGUAGCUGCAUCACAUAAACCCACUGGCAGACAGGUAGCCAUCAAAAAGAUCCUGCCUUUUGACCACACACUGUUCUGCCUUCGAACAUUGCGAGAGCUGAAGCUCCUGAAAUUUUUUUCGGAGACCUGUGUCAACGAGAAUAUCAUCUCGAUAUUAGAUAUAACGAGGCCACCAUCACUCGAAGAAUUCAAGGAAGUGUACUUCAUUCAGGAAUUCAUGCAGACCGACCUUCACCGUGUCAUACGGACGCAACAGCUUACCGACGAUCAUUGCCAGUACUUUACUUACCAGAUUCUUCGUGGCCUCAAAUCUAUACAUAGUGCUGAUAUUGUCCACCGAGAUCUAAAACCGGCCAACCUGUUGCUCAACGCUAAUUGCGACCUCAAAGUUUGCGACUUUGGCCUGGCGAGGAGUGUCAAAGCAACUACCCCGGGCGCCAAAGAGACUGGGUUGAUGACUGAGUAUGUAGCAACGCGAUGGUACCGUGCACCAGAGAUUAUGCUUUCUUUCAAGAUGUACACGAAGGCUAUUGAUUUGUGGGCGGUUGGAUGCAUUCUUGCUGAAAUGCUGACGGGUAAACCUCUGUUUCCCGGGCGCGACUACUCCCAUCAGCUGAAUCUCAUCCUGGAUAUAAUUGGUAUGUCCUUUCGUGAUUUUGAAGCAUAUAACAUUAUGGACGAGAUCGAGGGACUAUAUCGAGCUCUUCCAAUCCGCAAAGGAAGGAAGUUUCAAUCACUUUUCCCGAAAGCAACGCCUGAAGCCAUAGAUUUCCUACAGAGGACUUUGACUUUCGAUCCCAAAAAGCGCUUGACGGUUGAUGAAGCUCUCAACCACCCGUAUCUUGCUGCAUAUCAUGACCCAGAGGACGAACCAGUUGUAGCAUCCCUUGAUCCAGACUACUUCGACUUUGACCAAUUCAAAGACGACCUCACCAAAGCAGACCUGAAAGAACUCCUAUACGACGAAAUCAUGUCCUUCAUCCCGGCGCUUUAAAUUAUGAUAUUCAUCAUUCGACUCCUAGUAACUGUACAGGUCCCCGCCACAUAUUAUUACCCUGGACUCAGCAUCACGUCGUGGGAUUCAUCACGCUGGUUUAUAUUUACCGUCGCACUGGUUUCGACAUUAUCACUAUAUACUUGUAGUCUCAUUUGCACGAUAGUGGAUAGUAGAGCAAAUUAACAAUAUAGGAAGAUGCAAGAAUACAUUGGAUCUACUGACACAGCAAGUGUGUACGAAUGAUAAUCAGG